AUGGAGAAUUACAAACAGUUUUUAUGUUUGUUUAUCUGCGCCGUGUCUGUUGGAGUCGUUUCCAUUGUGUUUGUUCUGAGCUGGGUUUUGUAUUUUAAAGAAGGGCUCGAGUGGGAUGGAGGACUCGCUGAAUUCAACUGGCAUCCACUUCUGAUUGUAAUAGGUUUCAUUUUUCUACAAGGAAUCGCUAUUGUUGUGUACAGGCUUCCCUGGACAUGGCGCUGCAGCAAACUGAUGAUGAAAUUCAUCCAUGCUGGCCUGAACCUCCUGGCCUUCCUGUUGGCCGUCAUCUCCCUGGUGGCCGUGUUUGAUUUCCACAAUGCCAAGAAAAUUCCCAACAUGUACAGCCUCCACAGCUGGGUGGGACUGGCUGCGGUGAUUCUCUACUCUUUACAGCUCGUCCUGGGACUGCUGGUGUACCUGGUUCCCAUUACUCCAGUUUACGUGCGAGCGGCAUUGAUGCCUUUGCAUGUCUACAGCGGCCUGGUCAUCUUUGUCUCUGUCAUUGCCGCUGCUCUCAUGGGAAUCACAGAGAAACUGAUCUUUGGCCUGUCAGAUCCCAAGUACAAAGACUCUCCUCCAGAGGCUGUGUUUGUGAACGUCCUGGGCAUGCUCAUCACAGUCUUUGGUGGGCUCAUUCUCUGGAUCGCCACACGCCCGUCUUGGAAACGACCCAACGAGCAGCUCAUAAGACCCCUGGUCAGGGACACCUCAGAGUCUGCCCCCACCUCAAUGGAAACAGUCAAGACAGACUGCGCAGAGGCUGACAUAAAUGGGGACACCCGCAGACGGAGUGGAAAAGUGAAUGAGGCAGGUCCAAAGGCAAGUGUCUGACAGGAAAGUGCAGAAAACGUCUAACGUCUAAACGACUAACUCUGUGUACCAGUAUAAUGUCUCCCAAACCUCUGGUCUAACUCCCCUGAGGUACUUUGCAUUUUUGUUCUUUUGAAGUGCUGGCCUUUUUGAUUUAUUCUGUCAGCUGAUCACCUGCUGGAAUUUGAGGUUGAGUGAUUUUAGUUUCAUAAGGCCCUGGGGUUUUCCAUAAAGAUAUUUGGGAGACACUUCCUUACAACCAAGGCUCUGGAUUUUCAACUCGAGAGUUUUGUACUGCUUUUUGUUGUAUACAACUAUUUCUUAGAUAGCAAAUGCUACAGAGUAGCUGAUUAUGUGUGCAGUGCCAUUUACUGCCAGAAAUGAUGUAUGAGUGGUAUUGAGAUGCACAAUGUAUUUUUAUACAAGUUAUUGAAC